GAAGGCCAUUUUAUGGACUAAAUGAUUAAUCAAAUAAUAGACAAUUAUCAAAUGCUAAAAAUAAUUGAUAGGUGCAGCACUAAUUGACUCAUUCCAAAGUCAGAUUUGUCUAAAAGAAACCUUUGCUGUCGUCUUUUCAUGUGUCGUGUCUGUAACUGCCGGAUGAUCUUUAACUCACAUGCCAGUUAGUCCGUCACCCAGCAUUGUCACUUAGGAUAGAGUGAAGACAUUCUGCUACAUUUUAUCUAUUUAAUCCUCUACGUUACUCGAAUUUUUAGAAAGUAAAUGUCUCAAUUUAUUUUUGUUUUUUGUAAUCUAAGCUUUCAUAUGACAAGAAGGAAACUAGUUCAGUUUGUGAAAAUAACUAAGAAAUAUAUUCAGUCCGAAUGUCAGAAUGAAUGAUUUCACUAUUCAACUGUUUUAUUCAAUUUCUCAGUCCGUCACCCACAAAUAUCCCCGCGUUUUGCUAUGUCAAGGUGUGUCUUCAUACCCUUUAUACCCCAAGUUAUAAAAAAGAACUGAAGAAGCUGUUUACGCCCACCAGACAAUAUUUUGCAAUAAUCUACAGCAUUGUAGAUCAGGGUUUGAAUCACUGAUCCUUCAUUUCCACUUAAUACCUUAUGUAUCGGCUCCGCACAUUGGUAUUGCCUUUCCGUGCUCUGCAGUGAGGCAUGAAGCAGCGUAUGUAGGACUCUGCUGAGCUCUAGGUCACGCACCUGGGCAGAGACCACAGCACUGCAAACAGCUGCUCUGGCAAUAUACAACUUUCUUAUUGCUUGAUAUGUUGCAUCAUGUCAGCUGUUUGUCAUAAUCAGUGUAUGUUGUACUGCAUCUUUCUCCUGAACAACCCACCUGUCUGAGGUUAUUUGUUGGGUAUCUACCUUUUAAGUGAACACAGUCAAGAAUGUCAGAAUCAGACAAUUAGCAUUUCUUUAUGCUCUUAUACAUGGUACCCUUUUUGUCACUUAUGUUAUACACACAUUUUCAGUAGUGUGUGAGUGUGUGUAUGUGUGUGUGUCAUGUGUAAGCCCCUUGGCUGGCUUAUGGCCCACUCUGAUAGGCCCUGUGUGUGUCACAUUGGGGUGUUACCUUGACUACUCAGGGCCCCGUCGUUUCAGUUCCUCCCAUCAUCUCUGACAGAUAGAUAGCAGGAAAAGAAAGUAUCAGCUCCGUCCCUCAGCUACCACCCAAAACUCACACAGCAGUACAGAUACUGGCGACCGGACAAAAUGAUCCCACUGCCGCUGGCAUGGAUGCUGUUGACGGUGUUGCUAAGGACAGGAUCAGGUUCGGACCUGAUGCUGCAAGAAGAAAAGGCCGACAUGCUUUAUCCUGAGAUCCUCAGUGUAGUGACUAUCGAUUGUAACUGCGGUACCUCCCAGUGUGACUCUGCCUACUGGUUCCGCAGUGUUCCCGAUAACAGCAAAAUACAGUUUCUAGGCAAAUGCAACAACGCAGGCCGUGGUAGCAUUGAGAAUGAUGUGGUCCCUAAACGAUACGUAUUAGAAAAGAGAGGACAUUCAUUUGUGCUACGCAUCCACAAUGUGACAGAAGAGGACAGAGGGAUGUAUUCUUGUGUUCUUAACUACAGGAAAAAGACAGAAAUAUGGAAGACUGGGACUUUCCUUCAGCCGGGAGUAAUCCCUCCAACAUUACCUCCUGAGACAAAACCCAAAAGGCCAUUCAACCCAGGCUGUCGCUGCCCUAAGAAGAAUACUUCACAGGAUGGCUGCGGCUCCCUGAUUUUGUGGCCAUUUGUUGGAUUUAUUGCGGCCCUGGCUCUUGCGCUCAUCUGCACGCUGUACUACUUCAGCAGGCUACCCAAAAAAUGUCGGCAUCACUUUGCGAAGAAUAAGUACACGACCUAAAGCACUGCAUCUACAGCCUAUGUUUAACUCAACUGGCUGAAGUGCUUCACUUGGAGCGGAUGUCCAGUGGACCGAGGGAUACAAUUCAGCUUGAAGAUCUACUCUGCAAACAACAUGUUGUGUUUAUUUACAGUGAAAUGUGCACUCAGUCAGAGAAGAGUUUUGUGUUUUCAACAGCAGUAAACAUGUAACAUAUUGUACUAUACACAGAUUACGAGACAGCUCCAGAGCAACACCAACUUCAUAUCGAGGCUCUGUGAUGUAACAUCUCCUAUAAUAUUUUUGAUUUAUCAGUUAACAAUAUCCAGAUGACCUCAUCAUUUAUCAAGGUGCUUUUUCAGCUCAGCAGGUCUGUGAUCAGUUGCUUUGAUUUUUAGAUUAUUGUUGAAUCAGAACAAAACAGGGUAGUGUUUCUCUCCCCAAAACUUAUCUGUUUAUACAUACAAAAAGCAUGUAAGCGACAAAACAGCUAAAUUGAAAUAUUUUCCCAUUUCCCUUUUGCUCUCUUUUGUAAUUGUUUGUGUUUUUGUGUUUCACAGCAUUUUUAAGUGUUUUUCAAUUUUUAAGAAUCAUCUGUUUAGAAGAA